AUGCAACACCAAGAAAUUAUGUUGAUAAACCCGUCGAAAUUGUAUCUUCAGAGGACGAUGAAAAUGACAACGAGAAUGCCUACGAUGACGACGGUGAACAAAUAGAUGCAACACCUGUCGAAAUUAUGUCAUCGAAGAGAAAAUAUGAUGAUGAUAACGUUGAGAAAAUAGAUACAACAUCUUCGACGUUAGAGAAUGACGACGAUGAUGACGAUGAGCAAAUCGAUACAACAUCAACAACAAAUAAUCGUGAUCUUGCGCAAGGUGAAAUUGUUGACGCUAUCAAUGAUAUUAUCACAGA